UUUUACUCCUCCAGUCAGUACCGAGGUGAUCCAUCACCUACUGAUCAGGACAAACGCUGUUACUGUUAGUGAGCGCGUUUACCAGACGAAAGCUAUCAUGAUGCAGGACUCUGACGUGAGCGUUUGUGAGCUGCAGCCAAACAUCAUCUCCGUGCGACUGUACAAGCGCCGGAUCGGUGGUCUGGGCUUUCUCGUAAAGCAACGUGUCUGCAAACCGCCUGUCAUCAUCUCGGACCUGAUCAGAGGUGGCGCCGCAGAGGAAUGUGGCCUGGUUCAGGUGGGUGACAUCAUCCUAGCCAUCAACAACAAGCCACUGGUGGACAUGAGCUACGAGCGAGCCCUAGAGACUCUAAAGAACGUCUCACCUGAAACCCACGUGGUCCUGAUCCUGCGCGGACCAGAGGGCUUCAGCACGCAUCUGGAGACCACGCUGAGUGGAGACGGCAGGCCCAGGACAGUCCGCGUCACGAAACCAGCCCCAUCGCGAGCAUGUCAGAGGUGCAUGCCCAAGGAAGUGAGAGCGGUCGAGAACCUGGCGUCGUCCUCCUCCACGUCGUCCUCCUCCACUUCUUCAUCCACGACACACAAGGACGCCAAACAAGUGAUUCCGCUAAGUGAACACGAUUCAGGCACCUUGAUUAACGGGGUUGAGGAGAGCAACGAUCUGCUGAAGGAGAUUGAACCGGUUCUCAAGCUGAUCAAGAGCAGUAAUAGCAAGAUCGGAGGUGGACAGAAAGAUCUGGAGAAAAAGGACGCUGAAGUGCAGGUGGAGAGAGACCUGGGUGGAGGAAUAAACACUAAUGCCCCUCUGGCGUCUGAUAACGACAGAGUGUUUGAUGACCUCUGGAGGAAAGACAACAUGCCUACAGUUCUCAACAACCCUUACUCGGAGAAUGUCAAGCCACCCUCCCAGGGCAGAAUGUCCCCCACGAAAACCCUACAAAACGGGAGUCCGACUAAAUGCCCUAGGUUCAUGAAGAUAAAGAACUGGGAGAGCGGUGCGGUGUACAACGACACACUCCACCAAAGCUCCAGCAAGAUGCCACUCUGCAAUGAUCGAGUGUGUAUGGGCUCAAUCAUGAUGCCAAAUGUGAAAGGGAAACAAGACGAAGUUCAGACCAAAGAAGAACUGCUGACAUUGGCAACAGAUUUUAUCAACCAGUACUACACAUCGAUCAAAAGGUGUGAAUCCAAAGCACACGUCAAUCGGCUGGAGGAGGUGAAGAAAGAGAUCGAAACCACUGGAACGUAUCAGCUUAAGGACACAGAGCUGAUAUACGGGGCCAAACACGCUUGGCGAAAUGCUGCCCGCUGUGUAGGAAGGAUCCAGUGGUCCAAACUACAGGUGUUUGACGCUCGAGACUGCACAACAGCACACGGGAUGUUUAACUACAUCUGCAAUCACAUCAAAUACGCCACUAACAAAGGCAAUCUGAGAUCGGCUAUCACCAUCUUCCCCCAGAGGACGGACUGGAAACAUGAUUUCCGAGUGUGGAAUAACCAGCUGAUCCGCUACGCUGGCUACAAACAGCCCGACGGCUCCGUGCUGGGUGAUCCUGCCUCUGUGGAGCUUACUGAGAUCUGUAUACAGCAGGGAUGGAAGGCUCCCAAAGGACGCUUCGACGUCUUGCCCCUUCUGCUGCAAGCCAGUGGUAACGAUCCAGAGCUGUUCGAGAUCCCAGAUGAUCUGAUACUGGAAGUCAACAUCACCCAUCCAAAGUUCGAGUGGUUUAAGGAGUUAAACCUGAAGUGGUACGGCCUGCCCGCCGUCUCUAACAUGCUGUUGGAGAUCGGUGGCUUGGAGUUCACCGCCUGCCCCUUCAGCGGCUGGUACAUGGGUACGGAGAUCGGCGUGCGGGACUUUUGUGACAGCUCGCGCUACAACAUCAUGGAGGAAGUGGCCAACAUGAUGGGGUUGGACACCAGAAAGACAUCCUCUCUGUGGAAGGACCAGGCGCUGGUGGAGGUCAAUAUUGCUGUUCUCUACAGUUACCAGAUGUCCAAUGUGACCAUAGUGGACCACCACUCAGCCACAGAGUCCUUCAUGAAGCACAUGGAGAACGAGUACAGGGUGAGAGGUGGAUGUCCAGGGGACUGGGUGUGGAUCGUCCCUCCCAUGUCAGGCAGCGUAACGCCCGUCUUCCACCAGGAGAUGCUCAACUAUCGGCUCACGCCCUCCUUCGAAUACCAGACUGAUCCAUGGAAUACGUAUGUAUGGAAGGGAGUGAACGGCACCCCCACCAAGAAAAGAGCCAUCGGCUUUAAGAAGCUCGCUAAAGCUGUGAAGUUCUCCGCUAAGCUGAUGGGACAGGCCAUGGCAAAGCGAGUCAAGGCCACGAUCUUAUUCGCCACAGAGACGGGCAAAUCACAGGACUAUGCAAAGACCCUCUGUGAGAUCUUCAAGCACGCUUUCGAUGCAAAGGUCAUGUCAAUGGAAGAGUAUGAUGUAGUCCACCUAGAGCACGAGACGCUGGUCUUAGUGGUCACCAGUACAUUUGGCAACGGAGACCCACCGGAGAACGGAGAGAAAUUCGCCGCCGCUCUGAUGGAGAUGAGACACCCAACCACCAGUGCAGAGGACAGGAAGAGCUACAAGGUGCGCUUCAACAGUGUUUCCUCGUACUCAGACACCCGGAAGUCCUCCAGUGACGAGCCUGAACCUAAAGCCCACUUUGAGAGCACAGGACCCCUCGCCAAUGUCAGGUUCUCAGUGUUUGGCCUUGGCUCACGGGCCUACCCACACUUCUGUGCCUUUGCCCACGCUGUGGACACGCUAUUCGAGGAGCUCGGAGGAGAGCGCAUACUCCGCAUGGGCGAAGGAGACGAACUCUGCGGCCAAGAGGAGGCUUUCAGAACCUGGGCCAAAAAAGUCUUUAAGGCGGCUUGUGACGUUUUCUGCGUGGGUGAUGACGUGAACAUCGAGAAGGCGAACAAUUCAUUAAUCAGUAAUGACCGCAGCUGGAAAAAGAACAAGUUCCGCAUGACCUACACAAGUGAAUCACCAACACUGACUCAAGCUCUGUACAACAUUCAUAAGAAGAAAGUGUCUGGUGCCAAGUUCAUGAUGAGACAGAACCUCCAGAGCGUCAAGUCCAACCGAUCCACCAUAUACGUCCAGCUUCACGCCAAUAACCACGACAGUCUUAAAUACCUGCCUGGAGACCACUUGGGCAUCUUUCCUGGCAACCACGAGGACCUGGUGACGGCUCUCAUAGACAAACUAGAGGACGCACCGCCUGUCAAUCAGAUCAUCAGGGUGGAGUUUCUGGAGGAAAGAAACACAGCAUUGGGCGUCAUCAGUAACUGGACGGAUGAGAGUCGGAUUCCUCCCUGUACAAUCUAUCAGGCAUUUAAAUACUUCCUGGACAUCACGAUCCCUCCAAGUCCCCUGCUGCUGCAACAGUUCGCCCCAUUAGCCACCAACGAGAAACAGAGGAAGCGACUGGAGGUUCUCAGCAAGGGUCUACAGGAGUAUGAGGAGUGGAAGUGGUACAAUAACCCCACCAUGGUGGAGGUGCUGGAGGAGUUCCCCUCCAUGCAGGUGCCCUGCACUUUACUCCUUACCCAGUUACCCCUGUUGCAGCCACGCUACUACUCCAUCAGCUCCUCCCCAGACCUUCAUCCGGGCGAGAUUCACCUGACUGUGGCCGUGGUGUCGUACCGAACCCGGGAUGGAGCCGGUCCCAUACACCACGGAGUGUGUUCGUCCUGGCUCAACAGCUUAGAAACGGGAGAAAUGGUGCCAUGCUUUGUCAGAGGAGCCCCAUCAUUCCGAAUGCCAAAGAACAGCAAGGUUCCGUGUAUUCUUAUCGGACCGGGAACAGGCAUCGCCCCCUUCAGGAGUUUCUGGCAACAGAGGCUUUAUGACCUAGAAAAUAAAGUGAUCAAGUCCUGUCCAAUGAUCCUGGUGUUUGGGUGUAGACAGUCACAAAUGGACCACAUUUACAAGGAAGAGACUAUUCAGGCCAAGAACAAGGAGGUGUUUCAGGAGCUCUACACUGCAUACUCACGAGAGCCUGGAAGACCAAAGAAAUACGUUCAGGAUGUCCUCCGUGAGCAGUUGUCUGAGACAGUGUAUCAGUGUUUAAGGGAAGGAGGGCACAUUUACGUAUGUGGGGACGUGACCAUGGCCGGAGACGUUCUGAAGACCAUCCAGCAAAUUAUCAAACUUCAGGGGAACAUGUCUCUGGAGGACGCUGGCUUCUUCAUCAGCAAACUGAGGGAUGAGAAUCGGUACCACGAGGACAUUUUUGGUGUUACUCUGCGUACAUAUGAGGUGACGAACCGGCUGAGGUCAGAAUCCAUCGCAUACAUCGAGGAGAACAAGAAAGACACAGACGAGUAA